AGGAGAAAAGGUGGGAGGGAAGCCAUACACACACAUUAACGCGGCUGAUGUAACCAAAAAAACUGAGAUCACGAUGGAGUGAGGGGUUUUUGAAUGAAUAGAGGGAAGAGGAGUCAGUUUCUUCACGGCUAUGUUCUGAACAAGAUUGUCUAGAUCUACAUUUCCUGAAUCACCUCAUUCCAUCAUUAUCACUGCAUUAUGUCUCUGCUGACUCACGUGCUGGCCUGCCUAUUUGGUAUGGGCUCCUGGGUAGCUAUCAACGGGAUGUGGGUGGAGCUGCCUCUGGUUGUACCAGAGAUCCCAGAGGGCUGGUAUCUGCCAUCCUACCUCACAGUCCUAAUCCAGAUGGCAAAUAUAGGUCCUCUCUUCAUCACACUAAUGCACCGCUUCCGCCCAGGAGCACUAGAUGAGCGGCCGGUCAUCUACUUCAUUGUGGGGUUGGGGAUCAUUGCUACAUUCCUGCUGGCCUUCUUUUGGAGGCACACAGUGACAAUCGGGGGUUCUUUGCACAGUGUACCCCUGCUGGUGUUGAGCUUCCUCCUCUCUUUGGUGGACUGCACUUCCUCUGUUACCUUUCUGCCUUUCAUGAUGAGGCUACGUCCUCAGUACCUCACUACGUACUUCGCAGGUGAAGGCCUCAGUGGUCUGGUUCCUGCACUGGUGGCUCUUAUUCAAGGUGUUGGGGUAGUUCACUGUAAGAAUGCCACCUUGACUGAUGCUGCCAACAGCACAGCUAACAAUGCAACCAUGAGUGGAGAGCUUCUAGCCAUCUACCAGCCAGCUAAAUUCUCCGCUCAGGUCUUCUUCGUGUUCCUCAGUGCCAUGAUGGUGGUGUGCCUGGUGGCCUUCCUGCUGCUAAACUAUCAUCCAGCCGUGGCACGAGAAAGGAAGAAUGACCUGUACUACAGUGGUGAUAUGGCUCCUGGAAAGAGGGAACAGGGUCUGUCUCUGCACGCUCAGACACCAGAGCAGAAGCCCAUGAUCAGCCCCUUGGACAGGAGGGAGCCCAGGAGCUCUUUCGGUAGGGGGACAUACAGCAGUAUUGAGGUGGUGUUCAUCUUUGUCGUACUGGCCUGGGUCAAUGCUCUGACCAAUGCAGUGCUGCCCUCAGUCCAGUCCUACUCCUGUCUGCCUUAUGGGAACAAGGCCUACCAUCUGGCUGCCACCAUGGCAGCAGUUGCAAACCCAGUGGCCUGCUUCAUCGCCAUGUUUAUGCCGAUCAGGUCUCUCUACUUCAUGGGUUUCUUGACCAUGUUUGGGACUGGAUUCGGUGCCUACAUCAUGGCCAUGGCUGCUCUUAGUCCCUGCCCUCUGCUGGUCCACAGUGCCUCUGGAACCGCAGUCAUAGUGCUGGCCUGGAUCCUGUUUGUCCUGUCUCUGUCAUACGUGAAGGUCAUCAUCGGGGUGAUUCUGAGGGAUGAGGGCCACAGCGCCCUCGUCUGGUGUGGUGCAGUGGUGCAAUUGGGAUCCAUGGUUGGAGCAUUGUCCAUGUUCCCAUUGGUCAGUGUCUAUGGACUUUUCAAGUCAGGUGAUGCUUGCAACACCAAGUGUCCGAUGUAAUAAAUAUGUGUUUAAGUUACAGACUGUGUAAACACUGUUGUACAAUACUGAAACAUAACUGCUCUUCUCUCAGUAGCACUGAACUCGUUACAAUCAUGAGCUUUAUUCCUUCUUUUUUAUACUGCUAUGAUCUCAGAGCUGCUUCUCUACAAUCUCUGAUGUUGAACAGAUUUAACUUACCAGAGCCAGAUGGCAGAGUUGUGAUGAAUGUAGUGUAUUUAUUUACUUUUGGGGUAGAGUCUCAAAGACACCUGACUGUGUCAGACUGCACUAGACUAUUUUGUUGUUGAGUAGAGUAGACUUCCCUUACAAUUCAGAGGUCAAAGCCAGUUUACUUGAACUGUUAGCACAAUGUGAAAGUAUUACUGAGUGAUGUUGCUUUUAUAAGAACCUGUUGGUACUUUCGGCUUUAAAAUGUGCCUUAACGUGAGACACUGAAAAAGUUUUUGUUGUUUUUUUUUUAAAUUACAUUAUUGUUGUUUGCCUUGUAAUAGUUAUUUUAGUGAAGCAACUGUCAAAUAAAACCAAAUAAAACAACUGU